AUGAGUAACCCUGCAUCAUCCGUUUUCAACUUGCGUGUUGUCGGGGUGUGUCUCUUUUGCUCGAACAUCCAGGGCUAUGAGUGGGCGAUGCUUCUAGAUCAGGAGGUCUCUAUGAUAUGGAACUCUCCUUGGAACUUAUCAAAAGUUCUGUAUUUGCUGAGCCGCUACACACCUGUUCUCGACAUGAGCUUGUCGAUUAAACACGUGCCACGCAACUUUCGAUGUCGCAACAGGACCUACGCCCUGUAUGCGAACUCGAAAAAGAUACUUUCGAGCUUAGGUUCUUUGUGGGCUAUUUGGGUUUCUGUCAACAUUUGGAUACUUGUAAAAUGGAUGGACUCUCUGGUCUUCGCCAAACCCCCCUCACCAUUAAUACCUGGAUGUUAUAUUGUUCACGCAGACCCAAUUGUCUUCGUUUCAUUUGCUUCCUUACUAUUCCAUGAAACAGUAAUCGUGCUCCUCACGGUUCGCAAGGCACUCCAGCUAACCCGUCAAUCUGAGAGCCCUCUGCUCUUCACCCUAUUCCGCGAUGGCAUCAUUUUCUAUGUCUGUCUCUUGCGUACGUCCUCCAAGGGGCACAAUUCAAUCAUACCGGCCGCAUUCCUAACAAAGAGAUCUGCCUCGCAAAUAUAG